UUCUCUCUCUAGCAGUUCUGCCAAGAUUUUAGAGAGAGAAACACACACACACGCACCCAGAAACAGAUGAGUGAGUGAAGCAGCAAACUAGAGACGAUUGAUUGAUUAAUUGAUCGAUCGAUCGAUCGAUUUCUCUUGGUAUCGAAGAACUCACCUGAAAAGGGACUUUCGAUUUGAGUUUUCUUAUAAUCUCUCGGUGGUGUUAUUUGAAUGGAUACAAGAAGAUUAUCGGAUAAAAAUGGAGAUGGGUUAUUUCCAAAUUCUGGAAUCGGGUUUCUUUGGUGUCCUAGAGAUGAUCAUCUUCCACAAUCUGGGGGUUUAUUUGCAAGUGUUGGACAAAUGGGCAAAGGGGGUUUUGGUGGAGUUUCCCCUAAUUCUAAAAAUUCAGGUACUAAUGAUGGUGGUGGUGAUAUGAAAUUUCCGUUUUCAUCGAAAUUUGUUUCGGCACCUGAAUCAAGUUUUAGGGUUCUUGAGGUUCCAGAAAUGGAGGAGGAGGCAGGGGAGGAGUGGGUAGGGGGGUUGAAGAAGAAGAAGAAGAAGAAGGGUGGGGGGAAAUUGAAAAUCAAGAUUGGGAAUCCAUCGUUAAGGCGGUUGAUCAGUGGGGCGAUAGCGGGGGCUGUAUCGAGAACUUCGGUUGCUCCAUUGGAGACUAUAAGGACUCAUUUGAUGGUAGGAAGUUGUGGGCAUUCUACGAUCGAGGUUUUCCAAGAUAUUAUGCAGACUGAAGGUUGGACCGGGCUUUUUAGGGGCAAUUUCGUCAACGUCAUUCGCGUCGCCCCUAGCAAGGCAAUUGAGUUAUUUGCUUAUGAUACGGUGAAGAAGAAUUUGGCUCCGAAGCCUGGAGAACAAGCAAAACUUCGUAUACCCGAGUCAUUGAUUGCUGGCGCCGUUGCUGGAAUUAGCUCGACUAUAUGCACGUACCCUCUUGAGUUGCUCAAAACCCGACUUACGGUUCAGAGGGGUGUGUACAAGAAUCUCGUAGAUGCUUUUAUCAAGAUCGUGAAAGACGAGGGCCCUGCCGAACUCUACCGUGGCCUCACACCGAGCCUAAUUGGCGUCGUCCCUUAUGCCGCUACAAACUAUUUUGCGUACGACACAUUACGCAAAGCCUACAAGAAAUUCUCGAAAGAUGAUGAAAUCGGAAACAUUGCAACGCUCCUAAUCGGGUCGGCGGCCGGUGCGAUCUCGAGCAGCGCGACUUUCCCGCUCGAGGUGGCUCGGAAACACAUGCAAGCGGGUGCGGUGAACGGAAGAGUCUACGAUAACAUGUUACACGCACUUUUAAGCAUUCUCGAGAAGGAAGGCGUCGGAGGGUUGUACAAAGGUUUGGGGCCGAGUUGUAUAAAGAUAGUGCCGGCUGCGGGGAUUUCGUUCAUGUGCUAUGAAGCGUGCAAGAAGAUACUUGUCGAGAAGGAAGACGAUGAACCGUAGGAACGAGAACGGGCCCCGAGGGGAACGUCGAGGGUAUUUUUGCUCGGAUUUUCGUUGGUCGUUUUUGAACGAGAAUAAAGUAUUUUUGAUGAUUUUGUGGUUAGACAAGAUUUUUAGGGCAUUAUGAUGGUAGGAUUUGCUUCCGGUUUAUGCAACUUAGCUCAAUUUGA